AUGGCAAUUGAAACGCACAAAAAUUUCCCCUGUGAAAACUGCGACUCUGUGAAAUACAAGAAACGAGAUGGCCUGUGGAUUUGUACAGUAUGCAAGGCGGAAAAUACAGACAUCGUCGUGGAAGAAUUCGACGAAGAUCCAAAUGUCAGCAGUUAUCGAAUGAAGGCUACUGUCUCUCGGGCCGAAGCUAAGUCAGAGGAUCUUAGCUUUAUUCGAAACCGGGAUCAGGGCAAUCGUCCGUGGCUGACAAUCGAAGCUUUGCAGCAAAUUCUCCGAGGAAAAGCCCUCUCAAUUUGCCGAGAUCUGCAGCUAGAUGAAUCUGCCUCUUCAAAGAUCCUUCUACUUUUGCGCGAAAUGUGGUUCACCUAUCUCCGCGGCCGAUUGUUGUGCUUUGGUUCCGACUCCAACCCGGUCAACUUUCGCGACCGCGAUUUGCACAUGUACCGAGCGAUCAAGAACGAUGGCUUCAAUGGAUUCGAAAAGACGAGCUACGAUCCGAUGCAGUAUAAAAAGACGCCGAAAGACGUCGAGCUUGGAAUUUACUCUGCCGGGAACACCACUCACUUCGAAUUCACUUCUUCCGAUUCUGAGCCAGAAGCUCAAGUCGCUCUCAAUCGAGUGAAAAAACUCAAGCGCAAGAGAAAGACCCCUUCGGCAAAUUAUCAGCGAGUUUCCCUGCCAGAUGUUCAAGCAAUCAUCUUUCUUGGCUUCCGAGUUCUUGGGUACCCGAUUUCGUUCAAGUCCAUUUUCAAACAUUGCUUCAUCGACGAGGUGAGAAAAUUCUUGCCUUCUCACAUGACUCCAACAAGCGUCGAUUUGUUUCUGAAAAAGAUGUCGUUGAACCAAGGAAUGAGCGAAGAAAGCUUGGUUUCAAGAAACAAGCUUCAUCGAGUCACACUGGCUUUUGUCCAUCAUCACUUGAUAAAUCCCCUGUCGCAAUUGCUCGAUCAGCUGGACAGCAACAAUGCUCGAGGAUCUCUUCUUAUCCGGGAAUUGAAGAGCAAACUCUGCGAACUGCAACUUCCAGAAUCUUUCUGCGCUCUGGUCAAUCAAAGCUUUCCUUAUUUUCUUCAGAAAAUUGAUGCUAUCCAAAAGGAUAAAAUUGAGGUCUUUUUGCCUUUCAUCGACAUCUGGGCACUUGCGAUCAUCUACAUCUGCAUGGUAUCCAGCGUCGCAGACAAGGAAGUCCCCUGGCAAGCCUGGUGCCACGGAUGGGUAGCGAAAAAGAACAAAGAAAACAACGAGGAGUUUCUCAAGAAUCUGAUCGACACGGAAAUGAGUGAGGCCCGAAUCAAUUUCCGCGCGAAAAGCAGAAUUGAUGACAAGAAGAACUUCCAAAUUGUCCAAACCAUGCCUACCAUCGAAAAAGUUGAAAAGGAUGAAAACCCACAGAUGCCGGAAAUCGAAGUCUGCUUCCAGUCGAAAUUGAAGUUGCCGAAAGUCGAGUUGGACGAAGAUACGAAAUAUUUAAUCCACGCUUCUUUGCCUUCAAAAGUGCAACUCCAAGGAUUCAAAAAAUUUGACAAGCGACAUGUUUCGAAAGAGUCCUACAGCUACUACCGACAUUUCAUCAGACACUUGAGGAACGAAUCCAAUCAUUUGAGACUUGUGCACUUUGAAGACAAGAAGUUUAUCGGCAAUUUUCUUAGAACAAUCAAGAAGAAGCAAAAGCGAAGAUACGUAACAUACGAACACGAACUACCUCGACCUUGGUAUCUUGAUACAUUUGCUGAGCUUGCCUGUGUUUCUCAACAACAAUUCGUUGCUACUGUACUUAUUUUACUUGAUCAAUAA